AUGUCCUCCCUGCACGACAGCGACACGCCCGCCGGCGUCAUGGGACAGCUUCCGGAAGAUGUGAUGAAGAGGGAGACCGGCUCACCCGAUCUCAGGAAACCCGCUUCGCCGGGUGGCAGUGGCUACACGGUCAACACCUCGUCGACCGCUCACCACCUUCCUGCUCACGAAUUCGUCUCGUCCGCCAAGCACGCCACCGACGCCGUCAAGGAGCAGACGCCGCAGGGCAAGGCGGGAAAGACGGGAGACGAGAAGUGA